CCAGUCAGUAUGGAUUGUUGGCUCGCCAGUUUCAUAACAUCUUUAGCUGUUGCCUUGUUGGUAUAGAUGGCUGGUCCACUAGUCAGUGGAAGUAGUCUUUCUUCCGUUACGGAACUGGCAACCCAACCGUAAUGUGAUGGUGUGCAUUCCUCCUUCCCCUGGCCGCGGCUUGGCUUCGGGUCUCCUCAUCGAGUCCAACUCGAAAGGCUCCACUGCUCCAGGCGCUUCGCUCCAGCAGCUGACGACAUGGCCUCGCCGGCGAGCGGCGAUUCCGAUCAGGUACUGGUGGAAGCAAAUGGCUCUACACGGACAUUGGUUUUGAAUAGGCCAAAGCAGUUAAAUGCUCUCUCCUCUGCAAUGGUUACAGGACUUCUGAAAUGUUUCAUUUCUUAUGAGGAAGAAACCACGGUUAAACUGUUGAUUGUCAAGGGGAAAGGAAGAGCAUUUUGUGCUGGAGGUGAUGUUGCUGAAGUCGCCCAAUCUAUAAAUAAUGAUACCUGGAAAUAUGGUGCUGAUUUUUUCCGUACUGAAUUUUUGUUAAACUAUAUCAUUGCAACUUAUAGCAAACCACAGGUUUCUCUACUUACUGGAAUUGUCAUGGGUGGAGGGGCUGGUGUUUCUAUACAUGGAAGGUUUCGGGUUGCCACAGAGAACACGGUUUUUGCAAUGCCGGAAACAGCACUGGGACUCUUUCCUGAUAUAGGGGCUUCUUAUUUUCUUUCUAGACUACCUGGGUUCUAUGGAGAGUAUGUUGGCCUUACUGGUGCAAGAUUGGAUGGUGCAGAAAUGCUUGCAUGUGGCCUGGCAACUCAUUUUGUCCCUUUGAACAGGAUGUCACUGCUUGAAGAAUCACUUAAAAAGGUGGAUACUUCUGAUCCAUUUGCUAUAUGUGGAAUUAUUGAUCAAUUUUCACAACAGCCAUCUGUGAAAGGAAGUAGUGCUAUGAAUAGGAUGGAAAUCAUCAACAGAUGCUUCUCCAAAAGAACAGUCGAAGAAAUCAUAUCCGCUCUUGAACAAGAAGCUCCACGUGUGACCAAUAAAUUGGUUACUGCUGCAAUCCAGUCAUUGCGGAAGGCUUCUCCUACGAGUCUGAAAAUCUCUCUCGCAUCGAUAAGAGAAGGGAGGCUGCAAACUGUUGGUGAGUGCUUGCGCCGAGAAUAUAGAAUGGUUUGCCAUGUGAUGCGCGGUGACUUCAGCAGAGACUUCUUUGAGGGAUGCAGGGCGAUACUUGUAGAUAAAGAUCGAAACCCAAAGUGGAUGCCGCCAACUCUGGAUCAAGUGCACGACGGGGUAGUUGGAAAAUAUUUCUCCAAGGUCGAUGAUCCAGAGUGGGAAGAUUUGAACCUACCAACUAGGUCUUCCCAUGAAAGAAGAAUUGUGCCCAAGCUCUGAUGGAAGUCUCAUGCGGAGGAUUCAGAUGAAGCCUCGACGGGUGCUCGUGAGUAAAACGUAUAUGUCUUGAACGAAUCCAUAGACAUAACUGAUGGAAUAAAUCGGAAGUACAUCUUGUAGAUAGAUUAACUGUUAUUACCACACAAAUUUCUUUAUACCAGUUAUACUAGUAUAAUAGAAGGAAGUUGUAAGUGUUAGUGAUAUAA